AUGGCUAAAUGAAUGUCGUUUGAGUAAGAUAUUGUAAUUGUCUUUGUUUUUUAGUCGUAAUAAAGUGUGCUUUGCUAUUGAAGAGAAUUUGCCUCAUGUUCUAAAUUACCUUCACAUUUUGGGGUGAAAGAAGAAAGGAAGGAGUGAAAAAAGAAGUUAAUUAGUUAAAAUAUAUGUGUGUGUUUUCGGAUUAAUGACAGAGUUGAUAUUAUCUAUUUAGACCAUGGAGUACUCCCAGCUGUGAUGCACACGGUUUGUUUUGACUGUAUCAGACAGUAAUUGGAAAAUUUCAUGGAAUCCUGUUUUUCUUUUAAGGUCCUCGUACGGAGAUGGCCGCUGGUAUCGUAUUCGUGUUGUACACACGUCUGUAAAUGCAACGCUGACAGUGAAUCUCGUAGGCUCAUUAGAGGCACCUGACGGUCGCUAUGUCGACACUGGUGAAACAGUUAUGGACAGCGGUCAUGUGAUCACCUUCGGAGCGCUCAUUCCAAACAGUGUAUCAAACUUUGAAGUUACAGACGUGUUUUCUGGCGAUAUGGACAAUUUACUGCUAUUUAGCAGCAAAUUUGCGUCUCUUGUUCCCCGAUACUUCAACGACCCAGCACUGAUGAUUGCCAAGCAAGGAGUGUCGUUUUCUGGAGUUAUCAGAGGAAAGACUGAAUAUGGAACACGUUUCUAUGGUUACCAAGAGGAAACUGGUGACUGUUCAUAUGCAAGUAUUGACAUCAGCAGUGAAAUAGCGACAAUGUCUUCUUUAACCUUUACUUUUAAGACAAACGGAGAGAGUGGAGUACUUCUCUACAGCAAAAGUGACAUGCCAGGAGCGCCAUCACUGUAUAUGACUUUGUUUCAUGGUGACUUAUUACUACGGCUGGGGAACAUUGAUUCUGAUUUGGUGUUCUCUUCAUCAAAUAUCACCUUCUCUGACAAUUCGUGGCUUGUCAUCCAUCUUCAGCUGUCGGACAGUGGAUACGCACUGUAUGUGAACGACAGUCUUCUUUUUACGGAUGUUUUUGACUUUGUGGCUUCACCUCUGAUUCUUCGCCAACCGUUUUACAUGGGCGGUAUUCCAUCGAACGAGUCCUCUCAAGUUCCUUACGCUCUAUGCUUUAAAGGAGGGAUGAAGGACUUGAUCAUCGAUACAAACUCAGUGAGUUUCUUCUCUGGCCACUCAAUUGGUGUAUCAAAUGCCGGUGUCAUUCCGGCCCGUGUACCUCCACCCAUCCCUCCCUCAUGUAGAGCCCCACUACCCCCACCGACUGCGUCCAACAACGACAGGACCGUGCAUUUUAAUCUUCAAGGAAGCAAAGGAAAAGGUUACAUUGGAUUUAAGUUAAGCGAAGAACAAAGCAACAUAUUUGAACUUAGCUUUGUAGUCGGCGUGACCUUCCGAGCUCUAUCUGAUGACGGUCUUCUGUUAUACGCCACUGAUAAUGACACACACCCGACCCAGUUCUUUUCAGUCGAGCUUGUCCAAGGGCGAAUAUUGUUCGAGUUCAAUUCAGGUAGAGGCCUGGUGUCUAUUAGUACCAAGCAAAAGUAUUCUGGGAAUGGCCACUGGUACACGGUUUAUAUUCUCCGAAUGUUACAUUUUGGUGCCAUUUUACUGAGUACCAACGAGUAUGCUAACGGAAGACACAACCCGCCUGGUGAAUCUAUGAAUCUACGUCGUCUUUACAUUGGUGGCCUUCCAAGUCACGUGAUUGCCCCUGCUGUCACAAACAGGUACCUUGGGUUUGCAGGCUGUAUCAAGGAUUUUGAUGUUGCUGAUGUCCCUGAUUCCUUGUUUGAUUUAAGUAAACCCAACAUGACUGGAUCUAACGAGACACGUGGAUCGUGUUAUGAGACUGCUCAGCCUGGUCUCGGCUUCAACGGUUCUGCCUGGGCCAGAUUUGAUAACUUCAGUUUAAAUGCAGAGUUCAAUGUUCAGCUGACUUUCCGCACCUCAUCACGUGACGGGGUAUUGUUUCUGAUAACCGGGAACUCUAGGAGUUCACCAGGUAACAGAAUGCACAUCCGUUUGGAACUGUCAAGUGGCCAGAUAGUUCUGACGUAUAAUACCACAAUAAACCAAUCUCGAGUUGUUUGGACGGAGCCCGGGCUUGGAAAUGAUACUCAGUCCUCUUACCUCAUGUGCCAAAUGAAUUGGCACUCAGUCAGAGUCAUUAAACAGAGCCCUAACGUCACUAUAACCCUGGAUGAACUCCAUUCUGUCAGUAGCCCAAUGAGACAUGGCACCAAUAUGACAGGGGAACUGUUUCUUGGCGGAUAUCCAGCUCAACAGCUGGAAGGUGGCCAUGAGGUUGCCACAGGAUUCAAAGGCUGCCUGAAGAAGUUCACUUUGGAUGGAAACUCCCUGCAAUUUGCACAAGCCGCGGACCUACAUAAAGUCUCUUCAGCAUGUCCACUGACCAGCAGUGAAAAAGAGUCAGCAAUCGAGAAUGAGCCAUAGCGACCACGGCAAAAACUUUGCAAAUAACAAUUGUUGAUCAAGUUUUAUUUUAGCCACUAGAUAGCUAAAGGCCAAAUAUAAUAUCACUACUAAGUGAGGUUUACUUAAAUGCAAAUGCUAUCAGGAUACCUAAUUUUCUGGAUAAUUAUAGGAGGUUGAAUUGCAGUGUAAAAACUUGCACUAUUUUAUAAGCUAGAACCAAGCCACAGUUGCUAGACGUAUUGCUGGAAAAAGAAGAGGGAUUUUUCUGUGAUUGGAUAUGAAAAAGGGAUGUUUCUCUGAUAUUUUAACAAACCCAUGGUUUGCAAUAUGGUUAUUCAUGUCGAUUGGACAAAGGAUAGUAAAAUAUCAAACUGCUUCGCCAGUUCUACCAUUUCUACAACUAAACCUUGCCGGAGUGGGUUUUUUUUUCCCAAAAUGUUCUGCCCUCGGGACGACGAACUGUCGCUAGAAACACCAGCUAUUUUAUUUUCCCUAAUAAUUGCGCGGUGUCAAAUUUUCACCAGUGGAUAAGAAAUAAUUUUCUUCUCACCUAGUGCUUAAUUAAUCUUAAUUAAUAUGAUCACCCCGAAAGCAAAUAUCCUUUCCCUGAAAUGACAGUGUAUAAAUGUAAAGGCGAAUGUUUAUAAAUUAUCUGCAUUAUCUGCAGUUUUAAACGAGUUGAUAGGAAAGAAAGGGUGUGUUCAUCAAAUGAACAAGGUUAGGAACAAAACUGACUCGAUGCA